ACAUUUAUAGUUGUGUUCUCUGAACAUCAUAUAAUUAACCUCAAUCUUGAAACCCUAGAUAGGUAGCUAAUCAAGAAUUAAAGCUAUGUCUGGUGUUUGGGUGUUCAAGAAUGGUGUGGUUCGACUGGUGGACAGCACCGGAAGUGAUUCCUGUCAGGGUUCUGGUCGACGUAAGGUGCUGGUUCAUGUGGCUACGAACGAAGUGGUGACUUCGUAUGAGGUGCUGGAAAGAAUCUUAUUGUCAUUCGGAUGGGAGAGGUACUACGAUGAUCCUGAUCUUUUUCAGUUUCAUAAAAGGUCAAAUGUGCACCUAAUUUCUCUCCCUAAAGACUUCAACAAGCUCAAGUCCAUGCAUAUGUACGAUAUAGUCGUCAAGAAUCGUAAUGUGUUUGAAGUGAGAGAUAUAUAAUAUCCUAUAUAUAGCUAACGAACCAGCCAUAUUGCUGAGCAGUGGCAGGCUAGUUAGCUCGCUUUAUUAGUUAGUAUCAGUAUGUGUUCUUGGUGAAUUACGAUCUUAUCUUCAAGUUUCUUGGUUUGGUUGUUUGUUUCCGGUGAUGGGUAUGAGUGAAAGUACUCUGAAGACCAAGUAAUUAAGCCGAAGUUUGGUUCUGGAUCUCCUCGAGAAUGUUGGAGUACAUGAUGCAGUUGAAGUUUGAUUUUUAUUUUUGUUUUUUGGUUUUAAGAAAGUAAUUGCGUACAGUUGAUGGGUUGCAUGUGUCUAUGUAUCUUUAAAUUUAAUUUCUAUAAUGGAAAACCAAGUUUCUGUG